AUGGUGGUGGUGGUGGUGGUAGUGUUGGUGGUAGUGGUCGUGGUGGUAGUGGUAGUGGUGGUAGUGAUGAGAAUCGCCGCAUCCACAGCAACAGUCGUCGGCUUCCUCUGUUGCCAUGGCAGCAGCUCCGUGGGGCUGGGCGGUCGCUAUGGUAACCGAAGGCGGGUCGCAGGGUCCCGGCCGCCGAGCGCAUGCGCGCGGGGACGGCCGGGCGAGCCGGAGCGCGCGGAGCCACCGCGGCCCCUCAGGCGGCUCGUCAUGGCGCUGAGGCGGCGGCCGGUGCUGCGUGUCUGCGCGCGGCUGCCCGACGUGCUGCUGCUGCUGCUGCUGCGGGGUGAGCGGGCGCGGGGCCGUGGGCGGCGGGGCCGUGGGGCGGCGGGCGGCGAGGCCGGGGGUCCCCGAGGAGCGGGGCCGGGAAUCCGGGCUGGCGCUGCUGCAGGGUGCCCCGGGCGCGCCCUGCACAAAGGGAGCGCCCUCGGGGGGCGCCCGGCGGGGCUUGCUGCGGGCCGGGAGCCCGGGGGGAACUUGGGCGACUUUGCGGGAGUUGGCCUUGGAUCCGCUGUCCUUGGACGGCCCGCGCGGACGGGGUGUGACUCCGUAUCCCGAACUGGGCACGUGGCAGCCAGGGUCUCGGUGCCCACCACAGUUGGGAGGCCACAAGGAAAGAAAGGGGAGAUCGGGAGCAGCAAGUUCGUGGUGGAGUUAUGCAACCAGCCCUACUUACUAGGUGUGGUGUUUGAAGAGCCCCUGGGAGAAGCUGCCUACCUGGUUGGCUGCUUGAUAGAAGCUGUGAAUCUCAAAUCCAGCAACCGAAACCCAGUGGUGCAAGAAUAUGAGAGUGUGGAACUGUCUUGUAUCAUUACUGAUUCGCAGACAAAUGACCCCAGGAUUGAAUGGAAGAAAAUUCAAGGAGACCAAACCGCAUAUGUGUUUUUUGACAACAAAAUCCAGGGAGACUUGGCAGGACGUGCAGAAGUAUCGGGGCAAACUUCCCUGAAGAUCUGGAAUGUGACUCGGAAAGACUCAGCCCUGUAUCGCUGUGAAGUUGUUGCUCGAAAUGAUCGUAAAGAAAUUGAUGAGAUUACCAUUGAGCUAAUCGUGCAAGUGAAGCCAGUAAGCCCUGUCUGCAGAGUACCCAAGGCCGUGCCCGUAGGCAAGAUGGCAACAUUGUACUGCCAGGAGAGCGAGGGCUAUCCCCGGCCCUACUACAGCUGGUAUCGGAAUGAUCUGCCACUGCCGACGGACUCCAGGGUGAACCCCAGAUUUCGAAAUUCCUCCUUUCUCUUAAACUCUGAAACGGGCACUCUGGUCUUCAGUGCUGUCCACAAGGAGGACUCUGGGCAGUAUUUUUGUAUUGCUUCCAAUGAUGCGGGCUCAGCCAGGUGUGCGGAGCAGGAGAUGGAAGUCUAUGACCUCAACAUCGCUGGCAUCAUCGGGGGUGUGCUGGUUGUGCUCGCUGUCCUGGCUCUGAUAACGCUGGGCAUCUGCUGUGCAUACAGACGUGGUUACUUCAUCAACAAUAAGCAGGAUGGAGAAAGUUACAAGGCGCCAGGGAAACCAGAUGGAGUUAAUUACAUCAGGACAGAUGAAGAGGGUGAUUUCAGGCACAAGUCAUCCUUUGUGAUCUGAGAGCUGGCAUCGUGGCUGCGAGCAGUGCAGGCACCUCUGCUAGAACCUCCUGC